UUCUUUGUCUUGUUUUUGAAGAAGAGACACUAGAACACUCUUGUUACCUCAAGCAAGGAAUGCAAACAAGAAUGAGACUACAAACAUUGUUAUUAAUUAAUCUAAUAAUGAUUCCUUUUGGCCUCGGGAUAUCCGAAGAUAUACCAUCUACUAAGAAAAAUUACACUAAAGAUUGAACAAGAAAACCAUUGUUUUUCUCCCCAGAAACCACGCUUCCUGCUCAAUUCCUAGCCGAUGUCCACAACAAUUGCAUUGAUUUAUCCGCUACCCUCAUCUAUAUCUUCCACCCACUUGUUGCAGUACAACUCCCCCAUUUGGACAUUAAAACAAACAGUUGAUAGACACAUCCGCCAUACACGAAUUCAAUGGGUUCUCUCCCUUCUCCACCUAGACCCACAACACCACCACCGUCACCGGAAUUCUCUCCAUCUCGCUAUCGGGUCUACGCCUCCUUUUGCCUAAGAGAACCGUCAGCGAACAUGAACAUCUCCAACUGGAUUGAAUUUUACAAUCCAAGCAACAACACGUGGACUCCAAUAACUUCGAUUCCAGGCCUGAUUGAUAAUCACGUCUUGAAGGACUUCGUCAUGGUUUCUUUAGGAAGCUCAAUCUACAUAAUCGGUGGUCGGCUAUGUCGGAAACAAAAAGUAGCUGACUCCGAUGAUUCCACUGACUUCGUCGACGAAGAAAUUGUGGUCUUAUCAUCGGUCCGGCGCUACAAUGUCCAGUCAAACGAAUGGUCCACUUGUGCGCCAUUAGGCGUGCCACGUUACAACUUUGCAUGCUCCGUUUGUGAGAAUAGAAUCUACGUGGCAGGCGGGAAAUCCGAGGUGACAAGUGCGAGGGGCAUAGCUCAUGCCGAGGUGUACGAUCCAACUCUUGAUGUGUGGACUCCUUUGCCUAACAUGAGCACCUUGAGGUACAAAUGUGUGGGUGUGACGUGGCAAGGGAAGAUCUACGUGGUUGGCGGGUUUGUGGAGAGAGGGGAUUCGGGUUGGAUGCCGUUUGUGAUGGAUCGGAGCUCCGCUGAGGUGUACGACACCCAAACGGGAAGGUGGGACCUCGUGGUGGGGAUGUGGCAAUUGGAUGUGCCACCUAAUCAAAUCCUGGCCGUUGGUGAGAGGCUGUUUAGUUCCGGUGAUUGUCUCAAGGCGUGGAAAGGUCAUAUUGAAGCCUAUGAUGACAAAGUUAACAUAUGGAAUGUUGUGGAUGGUUCGCACCUUCAAACAUUGAACUCGCCCAUCUCAACCAAUGAUCAAAAUUGGUCUCCCAUCGAACGGCUGUAUUUAACUAUGGCACCAAUUGGGACCCACCUAUUUUUCUUGGCUGGUUAUCGGAUGGCUGGGAAGUCAUCAAGAACAAUGUCAAGGGUGCACAUUUUUGACACGUCGGCAUCUAGCGAUGCUUGGAGACACUUUGAGCCAAUGGAGGAAGAGGGAGAGAAGGAGCUUUGCAGCCACUGUUGUGUUGUUCAAGUAUAAUCAACCACCGAGUUCAUAAAUAAAUAUAUAUAAAGUUAAAUACUUAAAUGUACUAUUUAAUCACGUGCAUUAUUGUCGUAGUUUUCUUAGGUACAUGAUGCCUUUGUCACCUCACAACACGAGAAGCACCAACUUUCUCAUGUGUA